AUAUUAGAUCAAAAUGUAUAAAAUCGAUGAUAUAUUAGCUGAAAAAAAUUACAGCAAAUGUCCUUUGAAAAAGCGACCAGUGAACUAUCAGUUUAACAGUGAAGACAAAGGUGCGGGCACCGCGGAAGCAGUUGCGAGUCUAUGUAAAAUCGAAAAGAAAACAGUUCUAAAGUCCGAGCAAGAAAAAAGAUACUGCAGUGAAGAGCCCGAAAACUUAAGCUUGAAAAAAGAAACGUGGAACGGGGAAACAACAAUUUCUUGCAGCUCAACGGUGAAGGAUGAGAUGCUGAUUAAUGUAAGUAACGAUAGCUGUGAGGAUGAAGGUGUGGAUGUUGAUCAUAUCGAUGAUGAAGAUGAGGAUGAUGAAAUGAUCGAUUGUGUUGAUAUUGAAGAGGAUGACAAUGGUGAUGCUGGAAAUACAACACAAGCGGCUGCCUUGGCAGCAGCUGCAGCUGUUGCUGCUGCCUCGGCAGCGGUUGUAGUGCCCCAACCGACAUAUCCUAAUUAUGGCAUACAACCAUGGAAUUUCCAUAUGUCACCGUAUACUGCAGAAUUUUAUCGCACCAUCAACAAUCCACAUUUAACACAACAGAUCUCACCAUUAGGUAGUGAGUUACUAUCACCGAGCUCACCAUCCGAAUCGCUAAGUUCCUUAUCUCCACCACCACACUACUUACAUGGACGACCCAGUUCCGUUUCGCCACCAAUGCGUUCCGAUAUAAUACAUUGCCCGAUCGGUUUAAGGCAAUUACCACAACCAAAACAGCCCCAACCACAGCAACAACAUCAACACCAACACCAACAUCGUUUUAUGCCGUUCCCGACAAUACCAACAUAUCAUGUGCCACAUCAAACAAACGCGUAUCCUUUUAGUUAUCAUCAUCAUCAUGCACCGAUAUCGCCAGCUUAUUCAGAUUCUUCGUAUUUUUCGCUGCGUUCCAUGACACCCGAAUCGAAUUGUUCCUCAGUACCAGAAGAUUUAUCAUUAAAACAUAACGCCUUGCAAAAACUAACGCCAGUUCAUAUCUCACCGAGAAGCGAACACUCCAGUAACAAUGUAGAUAUGGUUAGUAGCAGUAAUAAUAUGAUUAACGGUACCGCUAGCAAUGGAUCA